UUGUAGCGAGCUCGGAGUGGGAAACGGAGAUAAUCCCCCUCGCGCCCAAACACCGCCUCGCCUGCCAGUCUCCGGAGUAGCUCCCCAUACUGCACAUGCGCGGGUCAAGCAAGGCACCAGGAUGAGGCGUGCGCAGGAGCAGCAAGCGCUGCAAGACGUGGUUGACUAGUACGCAUGUGCAAUAGCCGCAAGUCCUUGGAAGAGGUACAGGUAAUGCACAUGCGCAAAUAGGGCUUCUGUGGGAGAGGCGACUUGUGAGUUUGCGCAAGACCACCGAAGUACGCAGCUCGCGCCUGCGUAGAGAAGAGCAGUGAAGGAUUGUGGGAUACUAGUCUGCGGCCCGGGCAGGCUGGUGGAGCGGGCAGCUGGUGGCAGUUAUUGCCCGACAACGGUUGUUUUGUGCGCGGGGCCCGUGCUUGUGCCCGGACGGGAAGCGGCAGGGGACAUAGCAAAAAGCUACCCGUUUCCUAACGCGCUCUCCCCUCUCCCUGAUGUGUUUGUAGCACUGGAGUGGGCGGCAGCGCGAUGGCUUCAAGCAGCGGCACCGACGUGAUUCAGGUCACCAACGUCUCUCCUAGCGCCAGCUCCGAGCAGAUGCGGACACUCUUCGGUUUUCUGGGCAAGAUCGAGGAGCUGCGCCUCUUCCCUCCCGAUGAUUCUCCUUUGCCUGUUUCAUCACGGGUCUGUUUUGUAAAGUUCCAUGAUCCUGACUCAGCAGUUGUGGCCCAGCAUCUGACAAACACUGUGUUCGUUGACAGAGCGUUGAUAGUCGUACCAUAUGCAGAAGGAAUUAUUCCUGAUGAGACUAAGGCUUUAUCUCUUUUGGCACCAGCUAAUGCUGUGGCAGGUCUGCUGCCUGGAGGUGGUCUCCUGCCUACUCCCAACCCACUUUCUCAGAUUGGUGCUGUUCCUUUAGCUGCUUUGGGAGCUCCUGCUCUUGAUCCUGCCCUAGCUGCUCUUGGGCUUCCUGGAGCAAACUUAAACUCUCAGUCUCUUGCGGCAGAUCAGCUACUAAAGCUUAUGAGCACAGUGGAUCCAAAGUUGAACCAUGUAGCUGCAGGUCUUGUCUCACCAAGUCUGAAAUCGGAUACCUCCAGUAAAGAAAUAGAGGAAGCUAUGAAAAGAGUAAGAGAAGCACAAUCACUGAUUUCUGCAGCCAUAGAGCCAGAUAAAAAAGAUGAAAAACGAAGGCAUUCAAGAUCACGAUCACGAUCAAGAAGGCGGAGAACUCCUUCUACUUCUAGGCACAGACGAUCAAGAAGCAGAUCAAGGAGGAGGUCACAUUCAAAGUCAAGAAGCAGGCGGCGAUCUAAAAGUCCAAGAAGGAGGAGAUCUCAUUCCAGAGAGAGAGGCAGAAGGUCUAGGAGCGCAUCCAAAACCAAGGAUAAAAAGAAGGAAGAGAAAGAAAAGAAACGUUCUAAAACUCCACCAAAAAGCUACAGCACAACCAGACGAUCUAGAAGCACAAGCAGAGAACGACGGCGCAGAAGAAGCAGGAGUGGAACACGGUCACCUAAAAAGCCCAGGUCCCCUAAAAGAAAAAUGUCUCGGUCCCCAUCUCCAAGAAGACAUAAAAAGGAAAAGAAGAAGGAUAAAGACAAAGAGAGAAGCAGAGAUGAGAGAGAGCGGUCAACGAGCAAGAAGAAAAAAAGCAAAGACAAAGAGAAGGAUCGGGAAAGAAAAUCCGAGAGUGACAAAGACGUAAAACAGGUCACAAGGGAUUAUGAUGAAGAAGAACAAGGAUAUGACAGCGAGAAAGAGAAAAAGGAAGAAAAGAAAGUAGCAGAUUCUGCUUCCCCCAAAAUAAAGGAAUCACCAGUGGAUAAGGGAAGUGGAGAUUCAGCAAGAGAAUCCAAAAAUGGUGAUGGAAGAUUAGCAGGAACAGGAUAAUGAAAUGCAAGGGUGUGCAUCAGCUAUACAACUCUAAAAGUUAACCUAUUAAAGAAGGUCCUGAAAUGACAGAACAAUUCACUGGUUUAAAUGAGUAGGUAUUGGAAUGAAACUAAAACUAGCACAAGUGCUUGUAAUUUUUAUGAGUCUGGUUUUUUAAAUUGUCACUUUUCCACAGACGUUUUAAAAUGAAACUUGCCAUUUAGAUAUGCAGUGUCAUUUUUAGAAUUUGUAGAAAUGUAACUUUUAAAAAACUGUUGAGUAUUUUGUCAAUACAGAGAGGUAUAUGUCAAUACAAA